GACAACGCGGCUCGCAGCAGUUACACACACACACACACGCAGGCACACACACACACACACACACGCAGAGAGAGAGAGAGAGAGCAUUACUUAUACCAGGCGGAAUAGAGGCAGACAGCACGGCAGACAUUAGGAAGCAGUUAGAUAACAGCGCUGCGAGCGCUACACACACAGUUCUUCUUUUUUUCUUCUUGUAUUGUGUUUGGCUGUUUGUGCGUUGCCACUUGUUGACCAGAGACCCGCUGCCUCCCCACUAUCGUCUGCGUGGCAUACGAGGACGACAACAACAACGUCGACCCGACGGCAACGGCAACGGCUAAGUGAGCGUCAGCGUCAGCAUGUGGGAGAGCAAGUGAGAGCGAUAAAGCAGCGAGGCUCGUUGCUUGCUGGUUUCGGUGUGCGAGUGCGAGUGCGACAGAGAGAGCGACAGCGCAAGCGAAAGAGAGAGAAAGAGAAAGAACGAGAGCGAGAGACGCAGAGAGUAAGGAAAGCGAAAGGACGACGACGUCGAAGCCGAAGCCGAGCGAACGAACGAACGAACGUAAAGCAGACGACGACGACGAGGCUGCUUCGUUAGUCGGGCAGUGUGCCGUGCAACAGAUGCUGUGAAACAUCCAAGCCCAAAGGUUGUGUGUGUCACAAAAACGUCGCAACGCCCACACACACACACACACACACACACACAUAUUUACAGUCGAUUGUGUGUGUGCAGUGAAUAACAGAGCGCGCAACAAGCGACACACGACACACAACCGACAACGACGACGACGACGACGAAGUAGCAACAGCUGAACAAGAACACAGCUAAAGCCAGAGUGCCGGAGGCGUCUCAACAUCAUCUACACGUCACUUUCCACACGCCACAACAACAGCAACAACAACAUCACGGAACGACUGUCGACCGAGUCCACGGGGUCUCAUUGAGCAUCCACAACCUCUCAUCAUACACAUCACAUGUUUUGAACGUGCAACAAGUUUUGGAAAUUUCUGGCGCAAAAAUCGCAAAAAAAGAAAGAAAAAAGAAGAAAAUAAAAAAAAAACAAUCAUCGCAAAAUUUAUGCAAAAUUAGCUAAAGUCCAAAAUUUUCCAUCAUCUGCGUUUUUUUUUCGUGUGGAUCUCCAUAAAGUGUGAUUUUUUUUUCCAAGUCAAAAGUGUGUAAAGCGUCAUUUUUUUUUCAACGUUCGUGCUACAUAAAUACCUAACUUCCGUUAACUUGACGUACAAAAAAAAACCGCAACAAGAAACAUAAAAUAAAACAAAAUAACAAUAAUCUAAACAAUCACAAAUAAAACCUCAUGAUAAAUGAUGAAUAAACCCAACGAAUAGCAAUCCGUAUGCAAAAGAGAUGACCUGAAGCCAGAGUACAAGCAGAGCAAACCGAAACUGAAUAAUCAACAUAUAUUUAUAUAGAGAACAUUACCCAGAUUCCCCCCAAGAGAGAGAGAAAGUUAUUCAUAUACAUCAAAUAAAAAGAAAAUGCAUAUAUAUUUCUACAUUUGUCAAUCCAUAAGCAAGAACCUAGAGUUAGGAGCGAACGAGAAGUUGGAAGAGAAUGCACAGAGAUCAAACAGCAUUAUAGUUUACAACAUACAAGUCAACUAGAGCCCCUCAUAAAAAAGGUUGCAUUGUUGUUAUCUAUUGCUUGAUGACAAAGAAAAUUGGAAACACAGAAAAUUCACAACACACAACACUCAAAACAUAUAUAUAUAUAUUACAAAGAAAGAAAACAAAAAUAUAUGUAAAUUGAGCUGAAAGAUGGUGGUAUUUUAUCAAAAAAUCAAAAUGAAACUGAAUACUCAAAUAUCUUAAAUUUGAGACGUAUAUGUUUACAUAAUUCAAUAUAUAUGUUGUCAAAACAAAACCAAAACCAAAAAGAAAAAGCAAAAAAUCUGCACAUCAUUUGAAUAACCAAAAUACUAAAUACAAUAAAUUUAACCCAAAACAAAAGUAAAGAAUAAUCAAAUCAUUAAGGUAAAAGCGAAAUCCAAGAACUCACCGCAGCAAAGAAGAACGUAAAUCAAUUCGUCAAAAUUGUAUCUCUGUGUCUCUGUGUGUAGAAAAUUCCCCAAAUUCCCCGCCCCACUUAAAGCAAAAAAAAAACAAUAUUUUAAAUACAGCCAAAAUAAAACCGAAAAACGGAAAAAUCUACAACAAUUGCAAACAAUAGCAAAAUCAAAGAAAAAAUUAAUAAUACCAAUAAUUAAAAAGAACCUGUGAAAUUUUGUGAAUUUGCAAAGACUAUUCCCACACAUUUUGUGCAAAAUUAAACGAAAACCGAAUCAAAAAUCAAAUAUAUUAAAAAAAAAAGCAAACAGGAGGAACCCAAGGAACACGGAACACGACGGCAGAAGAACACCGAGGAUCAACGGAUCAGCUAAUGGCAAGAGCGAAAUAAGUUUCGUGUUAUAAGAAAAGGGAUCUGCCGAGCUGCAGUCACAGAACGCCAUGCGCCAUGUCAAAACUUCGGCAUUACAGGUCCAUGGAUCAGCCCUGCAGCAGCGUCGUCAUACGCAAAAAGAACCUGACAUCCGUAUGCUUCGUCUGCAACCUGCCCAUCAUGUCGCACCAGGUCGGCCUGGUGUGGCAAGGCGGCAAUGGCUGGGACGACUUGGUGCGCGAACAGCUGGAAGAAUCGACGAUACGUCAACGUCUUGGCGGUCGUCGCGAUUCGGCGGCCCAAAUCACAACGCCGCCAAGUCAAUCGCCACCACCUGGCUUGCAGCGACGCCGCCGCAGCUCGUUGGCCCAAUUAACUGACAUUUUGCGCGAGUGGAGCGGCGGCACCAACAAGCAACAGCAGCAGCAAACGCAACAGCAGGCCGCACGCAACAAGGCCCAAUUGAAUCGACGCGAAACUCUCGCCGAUCUCGCUCGCAGUUUACCCUGGCGCACCUCAACCACCGAUGCCAGCACUGGAGCCGGCGGCAGCAACACCAACACCGGAAAUACCACAUAUGUUACUCCGCGGAAGCGUCGCGAAUCGAGCGCCGAUUCAGGGAUACGCAGCAUGCGAUCGCGACGCGAUUCCAACACCGCCGAGUUUGUCAAGCAUUGGAAUCGACGCGAGAGCACCACCGUUGAGGAGCAGCCAUCGUCGUCGGGUGGCGUCGGCGUCGUUGUGCCCGUUGUCAUCGAGUGCACCAAGAGUGCCUCGCGACGCGGCUCAGGCGAAAGCUACCUGUCAAGCAGCCGUCGCGACAGCAAUGUUGCCGGCCGCGUGACAACGCCGCCUCCACCACCCAAAUACCAAGUGACCAAGAAGCGUGACUCGCUCGCCGCACCGGAAUUUCCCAAUUUCCGGCAGGAGCAACGUCCAUCGACUAGCUCCGCCGGCUCCUGCUCCGACUCUGUGCCACUAAUCUCAACCAGCACUUAUCACCAUCAGCAGGUGGACUCCGCCUGUCAGGCCCUGCCGCCACCGACGAUCAUCACCAGCUCGGUGACGCCGCCAGCAACGAGUCCGACGGCGCCGAAGGGUCGCCGCGAUUCGACCACCCAAUGCGGUCGGGUCAAUCGACGCGACUCAAAGGCGGGCAUCAGUCCCGAGCGUGCGCCGCGCCUGCAGCGUUUGCAGCGUCAGGCGACGGCCUUCGAUGAGAGCUGUCUGCCCGGCGGCAGUCGACGCGGCUCGCAGCCCGCGUUGAGUCCCGAUCCGCCCGAGGAGGGCGAACGUCGGACGUCGCGACGUGACUCACUGUCGCCGGACAGCGCAUCGCGCGGAGGUCGCCGUGAUUCCCGUACGCAUCUCUCACCGGAUCGUUCCCAUGAACGCGACGGCAGUCCACGGCGUCAUACGCUGCGACGCCAGAGCAGCUCGGCGGCACGAUCGCCACGCUCACCGGACUCAAACAGUUGCUCGUCGUCACGGGAUCCCAGUCCGUGCUCCCGCCCGCCGCCGUUGACCACCGUCGAGCAGAAUCAACGGCCGGCGAUUAGGCGGCAAUCGACCACGGAGGAGAUUUUAAUCGCCCGCGGAUUUCGACGACAGUCGACCACCGAGGAAAUGAUACGUUGUCGCAAUUUUCGACGCCAAAGCUCCCAGAGCGAUGAUGUCUGUCGCUAUCGUGGCAGACGCGACUCUUCGGCGCAGAUUAUUGACGGCACCAUCGGCACCAUGACCGUGGAAACAACCAGCACUUUCUUUGACUCCAGUACUCAGACCGAACCUUCGCCACUGUACGAUAACAAUCACUAUCAUGAGGAAUGUCUGCGCUGCAAUUCGUGUGGUCUCAAUUUGACUGGUCCAAACCAGAAACGCGCCCGAAGGUUCAAGAAUCAAAUACUGUGCGAUCUGCACUUUGCCGACGUGGCCCUAAUGGAGUGCUCCGAUUUUAUGCAACAGCUGCGCAGCUUCAAGCCACAAUCGCUGGGUUGUGCGGUUGCCAGGCGCAAAAGCUCAACGACAUUAAUAUUUCCACUGCCGCCGCAAGCUUGUUCAGAUGAAUUCUGUGAGGAGUAUCCGCACAAUUUGAUGCCCACACCCGGCUAUUGGAUAGAAUGUUCGAGGCAAAAGAUAACGCUGCCCACACCGCAUACGAUCUGGGAUGAGAGCGAUUCGGAGCAUGAGGAUAUACGGGCUGGGAGUGCCAGCGAUGCGUAUUUGGAGCGCGAAUGCAGUGAUCUGUAUGAGGACGAUGAGGACUCGGAGGCAACGCCAAGUCCGAGAAAGAAAACGACCAUCGAGGAGCAAUGGGAUCAGCAGGGGGCAUUCGAAUUGAUCUCUGUGGAGCAGGAGACGUAUGAGAAGUAUUUCUAUGGCACCGAACAUUGGAAUUACUUUACGAGUGAUGAGGAUCUCGGUCCCGUCAUACUAUCCAUCAAACAAGAGACGCUCAAUGGACGCGAUCAGUUUCGCAUUCUGGUGCGAGCUGGUUCCUAUACGGUCCAUGGACUGAUACCGGCCUCCUGUGUCUUUGCCGACAGAUACAAUCGCGAGGAGGUAGUUAGAUCUUUAGGUAAAGAAGUUAAUUUAAAUCCACCUUUAACAUUAGGACAAUUACCCGAUACGCCAGAAGAAUUACUAAAAUUAGAUCAGGUUUUUAUUAAAUCCGAAUUAAAAGUUGGCGUCAUUUUCGUCAAAGAGGAUCAAUAUUCGGAAGAGCAAAUUCUGGACAAUAAUGAAAAUUCACCGCUCUUCGAUGAGUUCCUCACGCUGCUCGGCGAUCGUGUUCGACUCCGUGGCUUUGAUAAAUACAAAGGUGGCCUUGAUACGGUGCAUGACCUAACAGGUCUAUUCUCCGUUUAUACCAACUGGCGCAACAUCGAGAUCAUGUUCCAUGUGUCCACUCUGCUGCCAUACGAGAAACACGAUCCACAGAAAUUGCAACGCAAGCGACACAUUGGCAAUGACAUCGUUUGCGUAGUGUUCCUCGAGGCGGACAACACCCGCUUCAGUCCCGCCUGCAUCAAAAGUCACUUUCUGCACACCUUCAUAUUGGUGCGUGUCUCGGCGCGAAUCAAACACAAGCCCACACGCUACGAGGUGUCUGUGGUGACACGUGACGAGGUGGGCGCCUACAAGCCCUACCUCUGGGAGCAGUCGGUGUUCGAGAAGGGUCCCAUGUUUCGUGAAUGGCUGUUGACGAAGAUUGUGAAUGGAGAGCGUGCCUCGUAUUCGGCGCCCAAGUUCGCCAGGAUGCAGGAGCGAACGCGCUCCCAGAUGUUGGAGGAUCUGGUGAUGAAUCUAUCGAAUCAUGCGGAGACUGGACAGAUACCGAAGCCCUAUAGACGCGGCUCCUGGCGGCCCAUUGGCCACAUGAGACCAUCGUCGCCGCUGCUGGACUCGGUGCGAGAUCAAUUUGAAGACUACGAUCAGCUAGCCAAAGACUUUACGCGUGUAUUUCUAAAUGAUGAACCAUCGUGCCUCACAAAUGCCCAUCUCUUCGAUGUGGUCUUUCUGGUGGGUCAGUCCAAGCAGAAGGCACGCCUCAUUGGUGUGCGUGCCAUCUUGGGAGUACGCAGUCGCGUUUUUCAGGAAAUGCUGUAUGGCAUACAGACUGGCUUUGGCUCACCGCAAAUUCCGGUCGCUGAGAUCUUUGCACGUCCGGCGCCGUCGCUCGUCUCGCCGCAGAACCAAAAGCCGAAGAGCAACAACUAUUUGACCGUACCGGACUCGGAUUCGAUUCGACCGAAGAGCGUGCCAUCGUCGCCGAUGGUGAAGCGAGCAUUCUCGAGGCUGGGGACGAUCACCGCUGGCUGGGGGCGAUCGAUAAGGAAUAAGAAUUCGAAUCAAUUGAAUCCGGAUGAUAAAAAGAAAUGGAUAUCGUCGACGGAUUGUUCGAACAGAGAUAGUAAAGACAAGGACAAGGACAAGCCGGGCAACAAUCAGUUGGCGGUGCCGCGUCUCUCCGUCUGCGCCGAUGCCCAGAAAGUGGACCGGGCUAAGCUCGCCCAGACCGAGUUCAACAUCAUCGAGUUCGACCCGGACACAUUUCGAGUGCUGCUCGACUAUCUACACACUGGCACUUGCCCUUUGACCUGUGUCUCCAUACCAGGUCUACUGUGCGCGGCGGAGCAUUACGAUCUGCCGGAGCUGCUGCAGGCGUGCUUCCAUCACUGCAAGCAAUUUUUGAGGAUCGAAGUCGUCUGUCCAAUGCUGAUUUCGCUGGAGAAUUACUACUGGCGCUACACAUCCGCUUCCGAGUUGGUCAACAUGAUACUAUCGUUCGUUGAGAGCAAGGCGCAUUCGCUGUUCAAAUGCCCCGAAUUUUUGAAUCUGUCCGAGUCGAUGGUGCAGAUGAUCAUGUGCCGGGAAUUGCAGACACCGGAGAUCCGUAAAUUUGAGGCAAUGCUGGCGUGGGCACAGAACAAGGUGGGAAAGCUAAAGAAUCAUCCCAAUAAGGAUACACAAUUUGAAUUUGAGUGCAUCAUGGAGCGUUUGACGCGGGAUUUGAAUCUAUGCCGCAUUUCGCCCAGCGAACUGCUCACCGUUGUUCUGCCCUCGAAGUCGAUGAAGAACGAACGGAUCAUGGAGACGCUCAUGGUGCAGGUGAAUUUAGGCACCUAUCGCAUGCCCGAGCUGGAUGCGUAUCGUCAGCAGUUGCGACAGCAGGAGUCCGCCGAGGCCACCGUGCAAGUCCAUCGGGGUGGAUGAGACAGUAAGAAUGUGAGUUUCGAUUUGGAUCAGCCGCAACAGCAGCAGCAACCACAACAUCAGCAACAUCAGCAGCAGCAGCAGCAACAACAACAGUUGGCGCUCAAUUUGAGUGACAACAACACAACAACUGGAACAACAACAAUAACAACACCGGACUACAACAACACUGGACUGUUAACACCAAACCAAACUGGCGCCAUUGGCGGCAUUGGCAUUAACAUUGGCACCGGCAGCUGUGCCAUCCAAAUGGAUGCACGCGCCUAUGCCAUGGCCUCCGUUGCCGUUGCACUUGAGCAUCAACAGCAGCAACAGCAGCAACAGCAACAGCAGCAGCAGCAGCAACUGCAACAGCUGCAACAACAGCAGCUGCAACAGCUGCAGCUGCAGCACAAUACACCACGCGAUGCCACCGACGAUGAGGUCGAGCUGUAUGCCAGCUUUGAUAUGGCGCCCAGCACCAGCCGUGUGGCAGCCCAAAUGCAGGCUGCCAAGGAGGCGAGACGCAAGCGUUGGGCCGCCGAUGGCGCCAGCCAAGGCAGCAGCGAUGGCGGCGGCUGUGCCAGCCAAGGCAGCCAAGGUAGCGGAAGACGUUACUAAACAACACCACCACCACCACAACAACAACAACAGCAACAAGAAAGCAUCAACACACACACACACACAACUCGAACUGAACUUCUACAGAGCAAUACUCAACCAGACUUUCAACAACACUUGCCAAAGACUAAUUCGAUAAUUUGAAAAAAAAACAAAAACAAAAUGGAUGACAAAAAAUACCCUUGCAGUUAGUAGUUGAUGUGAGUUUGUUGUUGGUUUGUUUUUUUUUUUUUUUUUUAUCAACUUUAGUAAUUAAGUACUUAAUCAUGAGCAUAUAAAGCAUUCACACGACUUAAGCGCUGUUCCCAGUUGAACGAAUUAAAUGAGCUGAGAAUAAGCUUUAGGAUUUGGCAAUUUUCACAAAUUUUAGUGUGACCAUUUCAGCCACUUUUGUGUGCCUAAAUUUGGCUCCGAAAUGGUUAAAAACUUUAAAUUCAUGACCACACUUAACAAUCGUUUAUUAAAUUGACUAAAUUAUUGAAAGAAAUAGAUGAACAUAAAACUAAUUUCAUUAGUUUUACAACUUGGUUGUUAUAAUUGUCUAUUUUUUCGUUUUCUUAAAAGCUGAUUGGAAUAUCGAUAGCCAUUAAUUAUUUUAUGCUGGGAACUGAAAAACUGAACGAAAUUCCACUGAGAAUAAGCUUUAGAUUUAGCAAGUAUCACAAAUUUUAGUGUGAACUAAUUUCAUAAGUUUUACAACUUGGUUGUUAUAAUUGUCUAUUUUUUUCGUUUUCUUAAAAGCUGAUUGGAAUAUCGAUACCCUUUCAUUAUUUUAUGCUAGGAACUGAAGAACUGAACGAAAUUCCACCACAGAAAUUAUUCACAAUCGUUUUGUUUUUAUAAACACAUUUUCCAAUGCUUUAGUGGUGUGACCAUGCAUUUUUUUUUUACCAUUUCGAUGACAAAUGUAGGCACACAAAAGUUGCUAAAAACGGUCACUAUAAAAUAUAUUGAACUUGUGAAAUAUAUAGAUUUUUUGCAUGUCAUUUAUUUCGCACAUCUGGAAACAGCGCUUCAAACGCAGUUCACAUUAUAAUCUCAUUUGAAAACAACAUCAAGCAAAUUACGUAUAUAUCCAAUUAGCAACAAUACGCUUUACGCUUACUACUCUUGCAUAGUCUAAAAUAUAUCGUGUUUUAGACACCAAUGUAGAGCAGUAAUGUAGGUAACCGAAACACCAACCAGACUUGCAGCAACACUUGCCAAAGAUAAUGACAACAAAAAAGAAUCUAAUCUAAAAAAACAAAAAGCUCUAACUGUCUCAAAAUGAAAAUAUCCCAGAUUUGAUAUGAUUUUUUUUUUUUUGGAUUGAAAAUGCUAUUGAAAUAUAGUACCUAUGAAACUUCUACAUAAAUCCCAACAGAAUUAUUAAUAAAUUAUAUAUAAAUUUUAGACAUUAAUUUAUGAUUUUUUUGGAUUGAAAAUGCUAUUUAAAAUACUUAUGAAACUUCUACAUAAAUCCCAACAGAUUAUAUAUAAAUUCAUUUCAUUUGUAAUGACAUUCAUUUGUAAUUCCCCACUAAAAUAUUUACAUAUAUUUUAUAGAAUUACUUGAGUUCAGCUUCUAUUUAAAAAAAAAUGCCCAUUAAACUCGGCUUUAAAUCCAAACAAAAUUAAUAAUGAUCAGUUUUGCUCACAAAAAUAACUUCAUAAUAUAUUUAUACUUUGUCUCAAUUUGCCAUUUAAUUUCUUAAAUUUUUUUAUGUAGAAUUCCGAACAGUUAUAGUCCAACCGAAGAUAUUUUACCAAGACUAUACCCAAAUAUUUGGCAUUGUAAAUAAAACAAAAUUUCUCCCUCCCUUCAAAAACAAAAAAAAGACAGACAGAAAAGAGAAAUGAAUGUACUCGAAAAAUGUUGACAUAAACGGAACGUUGUCAUUUAGUUCUAUGUUAAUCUAAUGCUGAAUCCACAAAAGAUGUUCUAUUAUUAAAAUGUGCGUAUAGAGCCAAGUUUAUGAUUAUGAUGAUCCCCGUAUAAAUGAGAGUCAAGUUUACCUCGCUCCGAACUCAUGCAACAGGGAACUAGUCUAUGCAUAAUUGUAAAAUAAGUUCUUCUUAAUAUAGUACUCUAGUUAAAUUCGAUUUGAAAGCUGAUGUUUGAUUUCAAUUUCAAAAUUUUCGAUAUUACUUUACGUUAGUUCAUGCUUCACUUACUUUUUAUCAUUUCCAAACGUCUUCAAAAACAAAUCCAGGCAAUUGUACAUAAUAAUUCUGAAAAACCAAAAAGAACUUUAAAUAUAAUCAAAUAUUAGAUAUAAAGAGCCGAUGUCAAGUUGAGGAAUUCCUCAAGAAAGAAAUCGAAAUUCCAAAUUUGGAAGGAAAGACACAAAAAAAAAAACAAAAUCAAUAUGUUUAUCGAAAUUUGUGUGUUUUACUUUUAACAACUGCAAGGGUAUCACAGAUAUAUAAAUAUGAAAACCAAAUUGAAUAUAUAAACUGACCUGAAAUGAAACCAAUGUGUAUGUGCAUGUGCAUGUGUGUGUGUGCGUCUAACCCACCGCUCAAGAGCACCUCAAAAGAAAGACGGAAGGAAAGGAAGGAACCAAGAAUCAUGAAGAAAUCUAUAUAGACGAAAAGAAUUCUAAAUCCAAAUCGAAGCUGACAUUAUUAACUCUUACAUUCACCCCGCAAGACAAAAAUUAAGAAUGAACAAAAAAAACAAAAAAAUAAUAAUAAUAAUAAUUGAGAGAGACAUGAAAAACAAAAAGCGAUAAGCAUUUUCUACAAGUAUUAACCUAUGAUUAAAGCGUAUAUACAAACAAAAACUAUAUAUAUACAAAAUUUAUAUAUAUAUGUAACCAUUUAGUUUGAGAAAUUUGACAAAAAAAAAAAAAAAACAAAACAAAAUUCAAAAUUUAAGAAUUGGCAUUUACAUGUAAUGUAAACAAUGCUGUGGCAUUUGGUUUUUUGAUAUCCCCAAGAAAAUAUGAAAAUGGCCCCAAGGCGAAUGCUGCAACUGCUCGCAAAAUCCUAAACUGAAAAUACCAAAAAUACCAAAAAAAAA